AUGUAUGUUUGGCCACCAUUCUUCCGUUUACAAUGCCAGAAAGUCUGGACUCCACAAUACGUACCACUUUCUUCUUUCUCCUACUACUGCUACCUCGGACUCCAAUACGAUACGAUAACCAUCAAACAACAAAAAUCAUGUCCAAACACACUGGAUUCGGUGGUGAUGAACUGGCCAAAAAGCGGUGCUGCAGGAUUGAUCAUCAAGGCAGUACCAUUGGCACUCCACGAUAAUGGUGCAUGGGAGAUUCUUCGACAAUUCCUCACGACAUCUAUGUCAUUAUCUGAGAUGGACGAUGCGCUUGUGUCCUACCUCGGCGACCAAUACUCACCAGAUGACUGGGAGGAACCUCGACAUCUCUUGUUCUCUGACAACGCAAAUGAUGCAGAAUCCUUGAGGAACUUGAUGAUAUUGUGGAGAAGGUACAUACCAGAUCCAGCAGAAAAGUCUUCCGUGCCCAUGCCUGCAUCGAGGACAGACGGCGGCUUGUCCAGAUCACGCAUUCAAAAAUCGCAUAGGUUAUCUCAAGCCGCACGAAGGUUUAUUGCCGAUGAGGCUGAUGAGGCUGACAAGGAAGAGGGUGGGGAUGAGGAAGAGGAGGAUAGUGAUGGACGGUCUGCACAGUUGCCAAAGGUUAUGCACUUGCCAGGACCGUCGGCAAAAGAGAGGUUGGCUGCAACCUUCAACGACAUGGCUUCUAGGUUCGAAGGGAAUCCCCCCACCUCACCUGAAGAUCGCCCAGAUCCCACCCACAGAGCUCCUCAAAGUAGGAUGUAUCUGAUGCAUGUUCAAAGAGCUACCACAGAACAUAUUGCUGAACACCUUCAUAGGAAGGGGUUUCCCAUUACCGUUUCAGCUUGGCUCGCUGGCCAGCUUUACAUGGUGGCUAACAGCCCAAAAAUGGUUGCACAAUCCCUGCCGGGAUCGCUUUAUCUUGCUGUGAAAGAGUACACUCGCAUCACAGAGGAAGAGCGUGAAGCAGUCAAACGUACACAGUCCGAGCUUCCUAACCCAGUGUGGCUGAGGAUUAAGAGCAGGGAGUACAAGGGCGACAUGGCCCAAGUCUUCGAGCAAUUACCAAAUGGUGUUGUUGCGGUUCUUAUUGUUGCGCGCUGUCUUCUUAGAUAG